AUGGAGGAUUCCGAACGGCGAACAGCCAAGAGGUCCCGGUUUGACCAAACAGAACCUGAGCCAAAGAGGGCCUCGAGAUUCGACCGCCGCUCGCGCUCUCCACCAAGCCGUCGACCCGAAGGCAGAGAUCGCAGCCCCCUCGGUCACGAUAGUUCGUCGGACGCAAAAGGGUCACCAGUUGAUGCAGCAGCGGCAGCCGCUGCCGCCGCCGCUCGAAUCAAUGCCUCGCUCCAAGCUCGAAAGGGCAUUCAACAUGUCGAUGUACCGCCAAUCCAGUCCGCCGAUGCUAACGAUGGGCAGUCGGGACAAGCAAAGCCGCAUUCUGUUAGCAAGGAAAUGUACACCGCUGAUGGCGACUACAUUCAAGACAUCGAGGUCAAUGACCUGCGAAAUCGCUACUUAGUCACCAAGAGUUCUACACAGAAAAAGAUUGGUGAAGAAACCGGAGCUGAUAUUACUACUCGGGGCAAUUACUACCCUAAUAAGGCCAUGUCCACCGCUGCUAACCCACCGCUCUACCUUCACAUUACCAGCACUACCAAAUCAGGCCUCGAGGCCGCUGUUGCCAAGAUCAACGAACUCAUCAAGCAAGAACUGCCGCAACUGGUUGAUGAACGACGAUUCCGCCGACGAGACCAGGAGCAGCCGGAACCUGAGCGUGAACGGGAGCGUGAGCAUGGAGGACGACGGAAAUGGCCCGAAGAGAGGAUCCCCAUUGAUCUCGAGCCGAUUCCAGGGUUCAACUUGAGGGCGCAAAUCGUUGGCCACGGCGGGUCAUAUGUGAAGCACAUCCAGCAGGAAACGGGGUGCCGUGUACAGAUCAAAGGCCGUGGAUCUGGCUAUCUCGAGGGUGCUACCAAUCGAGAGAGUGACGAAGACAUGUACUUGCACGUUGCUGGCCCCGAUGCCGGCAUGGUUGAAAAAGCCAAGGAACUUUGCGAAGACCUGGUUGCCAAUGUCAAGGAGCAAUAUGACGAGUUCAAGUCCCGACCGCCCCGUUACAAUGACCGAGGUGGCCAACAUGGAGGGGACCGGUACCGAGGAGGAAACGACCGUCAUCACGACCGAGGCAACCAAUCGUAUGGGGGAUAUGGCCAGGACCGAUAUGGCCAGGACCAGAAUGCCUCGACCAACAGUCCAGCUCACGGUGCUAACAGCCCGGCAACAAAUGCAGCCGACUAUGCCGCUCAAUACGCUCAGUACUACGGCGGUGCCGAUCCAUAUGCUGCAUAUGGCGGCUACGCCAACUAUGUUGCCCUGUAUCAACAAUACUACGGAGCUCAAGCAACCCAAGCCCAAGCAGCCGGUGCUCCAGGUCAAGCCGUGGCCUCAACAUCGGCAUCACCACCUCCUCCGCCGCCGAGCGAAGCAGCUCCUCCUCCUCCACCGCCACCCAGUGCCGCCCCUCCUCCUCCGCCGCCAUCAGGAUCGCCACCAGGUGGCAGCUACAGCGCUGUCCCCCCUCCACCAGGACUAUGA